AUGCUUACUAAGCUUUAUGCUUGGUUUGUGUUGGAGGAGGAAGCAGUAAUUAGGGUUUGUGUUGGAGGAGGAGCAGCAAUUAGGGCUUGUGUUGGAGGAGGAAGCAAUGGCGCCCAAGUAGGGAACUCGUACGGGUUGAGAAACCCGGAGUUGAUAAAGGGCAUUGGAAAAUACUCGAGAUCGCAGAUGUACCACAAGAGGGGUAUUUGGUCUAUCAAGGCGAAAAACGGCGGCGUAUUCCCUCGUCACGAUCCUACACUGAGACCUGAAACUCCCGCUCAAAAGCCUCCAAAAUUUUAUCCUGCGGAUGAUGUUAAGAAACCUCUUUUCAACAAGAUCAAGCCCAAACUCACUAAGCUUAGUGUUACUCCUGGGACAGUCUUGAUUCUUCUCGCCGGAAGAUUCAAGGGAAAGAGAAUAGUGUUUUUGAAGCAGCUUCCUUCUUGUAACCGUGUUGUAAAUGUUGCCUCUUCCGUAUUUCCUGUGUUUACUUAUUUUUUCAAUUCGGAAUAUUGUCCUUUCAAGAUUAAUGGAGUUCCAUUGAGACGUGUCAGCCAGUCCUAUGUUAUUGCCACGUCAACCAAAGUAGAUGUUUCUACGGUUAACAUGGACAAAUUUGAUGACAAAUACUUCUCAAAGGAGUCCCCGAAAAAGAAAAACAAGGGAGAGGGCGAGUUUUUCAUUGAGACAGAGAAGGAAAGACGUGUCUUGCCCCAGGAGAAAAAAGAUGACCAAAAAAAUGUCGACUCUGCGUUGAUAAAAUCCAUUGAGAGUAUUCCUGACUUAAAUACUUAUCUGGGUGUCAGGUUUUCCUAA